AUGACUGCUGUUUUAACAGAACGAGAAGUGAUUUCGGAUUUUUUAGAACUGUACAAAUCUUUUACAUGUUUAUGGGACAUUACUUCUAAGGAGUACUGCAACAAGGAUGCAAGAAAUCAGGCGCUUGAGUUAUUAAAAGAAAAGUUAAAAAUAAUAGACAAUGACGCUAGUAUCGCAACUGUAAAAAAGAAAAUUGAGAAUAUGAGAGCUGCAUACAAAAGAGAAUUUAAAAAGGUACAAGAUAGUAAAAGAACUGGUGCUGGUCUAAAAGAUAUUUAUGUGCCAUCUUUAUGGUAUUUUGAAUACCUAACAUUUCUAAAUGAAAAAGAAAACUCAAAUAUAAGUGGAAGUGACACUAUCGAUUUCAAAAGUGAUGAUGAGGUAUCUGAAACACAAAGCAUUGUAAAUGAACCAUCAACUACAUUGGGUAAGAAACGACGUGGUACAAAGUUGCAACAACAACAACAAACGUUAAUUGAAAGCGCACAACAUUUAAUGUCUAAAGUAGAUAGCCCAGAAGACAUAUAUGGAAAAACUAUAGGAAUACAGUUAACAGAAAUGACUAAAACUCAAAAAUGUAUUGCUGAAAAGUUGAUUUUAGAAGUUAUUUUUUACGGAAAAUUGGAAAAAUUGACUUUAUGUUCAUCAAUUUCAUUAAGCGCCUAUGCUAAUUCUUAUAACUAUUCAACACCAUCACCUAGUUCUACAAUGAUUUCUUUGCAUUCAGACACUUCUCAUACUUCACCAGUAACAACCAUGCCAAUUCCUAUAUCAAAUGACAUACCAAAUGAUUCAAAUAAUAUACAACAUUCAUAUAAUGUGAAUGAAUUUUUAUUAUUCAAGAAUCUGUAA